CGUCCCCCGCUGGGCCCCCCUACCUCUCGCGCCUGGUGUUUGGGAAAACUUGGGAAGGGUGUGUGGUGGCCGCGGCGCGGAGGCCCGUAUGGGACCUCACGUACGCUUUUCAGCCAGCGAAAUUAUCUCAGCAGUAUUCUGCUGCCGCCGCGGGAAACGCGCUGACUACGCAGGAAAGGCGGAGCGCGGCGGAGUCCGACAUGUGACAGAGCGGGGUGCGAGCCCGGGGGGAAACAGGAGGAAAUCCUCCAAAUCUUGGUGGGCUGAGCUUCGUACAUCUCAGCCGCUUUGUAACACCCGUGCCAACAUCCGCUGUAAGCGUGGAAAGAGAGAAGGAUCAUGGAGAGGCAGAUGUUAAUGAGAAAGUGAGACUGUAGGAAAUUCCCAGCCAGCCAGUUCUUCUCCCAUCAGGGAGCAGUGCUGCUUCACGCACCUGUGCAGCUGAUUUGAACCACCACAAACAACUCAGGUUAAACUGAAUAUUUGCGCAGCACAGCUUCUCACAGAAGGACCACCACACUGGUUUACACUUAGGAAAAUAUGAAAAUAAGCAGGGAGUGUUGUUCUCUCUGAACUAAAAGAAAAAAAAUAAAUAAAUUGUGCCUUGCUGAGGACAGCUGCAGGAAUCAGACACUUGAAUCAAUGUUAUCGGAUGAGUUAGAAUCCAAACCUGAGCUGCUGGUUCAGUUUGUUCAGAAUACUUCUAUUCCACUGGGGCAAGGGCUGGUGGAAUCGGAACCAAAAGACAUCACCUGUCUUUCCCUCCUUCCUGUUACUGAGACCUCAGAAUGCAACAGACUGAUGUUGCCAGAUGAUGAAAGAGAUCUCACUUCUCCAAGUCACACUAAUCCUUCCAAAGAUGUUUCUUCAUCUGCUGUCUUGAGAAGUCUCCAGGUAAAUGUAGGCCCUGAUGGAGAGGAGACAAGGGCACAGAAUGUACAGAAACCAUCUGAACUUCUGUCAACUCCAGAGACUUCUAGUUUAUUGCAAGAUCUCCAGCCCAGUGACAGCACUUCAUUUAUUCUUCUCAACCUAACAAGAGCAGGGCUUGGAUCUCCCGCAGAGCACUUGGUGUUUGUUCAAGAUGAAGCAGAAGAUUCUGGGAAUGACUUUCUCUCUCAUGAUAGCACAGACAGCAGUACCCCAUGGUUCCUUCGAGUGCAAGAAUUGGCCCAUGACAGUUUAAUUGCUGCCACUCGGGCACAGCUUGCAAAGAAUGCCAAAGCAAGCAAUAAUGGUGAAAAUGUUCAUCUUUGCUCAGGAGAUGGGCAGCCGAAAGACUCUGGCCCCAUUCCUCAUCUAUCUCGUGUGGAGAGGAAGCUGAAGUGCACAGUUGAGGGCUGCGAUCGGACAUUUGUGUGGCCAGCUCACUUCAAGUAUCAUCUGAAAACACACCGGAAUGACCGCUCCUUCACCUGCCCGGCAGAAGGUUGUGGGAAAAGUUUCUAUGUCUUGCAGAGGCUGAAGGUGCACAUGAGAACUCACAAUGGUGAAAAACCCUUUGUGUGCACAGAGCUAGGCUGUGGCAAACAGUUCACAACAGCUGGGAAUCUGAAGAACCACCUACGAAUUCACACUGGGGAAAAACCCUUUCUGUGUGAGGCACAGGGAUGUGGUCGCUCCUUUGCUGAAUACUCCAGCCUUCGGAAACAUUUGGUUGUCCACUCAGGAGUGAAGCCCCAUCAGUGCCAAAUUUGUGGGAAGACGUUUUCCCAGAGUGGUAGCAGAAAUGUGCAUAUGAGGAAACACCACUCCCGAAUUGGAGCAGCUGGCAGCAGGGAGCGAGAACAGCCAGAGUCACUGAUGGGUAGCAGUUUGCUGGAAGAAUCGACAGUGCAUAGUAAGAGUAUCAUGUCCAUGAACUCUCAGCCCAGCCUUGGUGUUGAGUCUCUGCACCUGCCAGACACUGAGUCUAUUAUUGGAGUAGAGGAGGGUGAGACCAGCUGCUCCUUUUUCCGCCCUCUUAUAUGUGGUGACUGAAGUGGGAUGGAUCAUUCCUCCUAGAGGCUCACCAAACUGCAGUGGAUGAGUGAACGUUGUUUUAACUAUGGAUGGAGUGGGUGGGUAGAUGGAGGAUGAAUCGUAAAACUGGAGCUGGAGAAGAUCUGCUGGACCAAGUUACUCUUGCAGAGCUUAAAAGGUGAAGUCUGCUGCUUAGGUGUCAUUUAACCCAUGUUGUGGAAUGCCAUUUCAAAAGUGCUCAUGCAGUCCAUCUCCUAAAGCCUAAAGUGUUUGUUUUGCCUGGAGCACCUAGGAGCCCCAGUUAAGGACCAGGACCUCAUUGUGCUAGGCACUGUACAAACAUUCAGUAUCUUGAGCAACAGACCUUCCUUCCAUCCUUUACCUUCAGAGACUAUAUUGUAAUACAUCCCACUGUCAGAAGCUGACUUACUAUCUGAAAUAAAUGUACUACUUGAUAUCA